ACUCAAACAUUUAUUCGUUCAAUCAUCCUCAAGAACUCUUCUCAUCUGAUAUCGUGAUUCUCCAAUUUCAUCAAGGAUUCCUCACCUCAUUUUGAUACACACAGAAUCAACUUCUUCACGCUACGAUCCUCACGUUCCCCAUACUCUCAUUCGCAAUGCCAGGUCAAUUUAUCAUGGAUGACGAUGCAGAAUCCCGCAUUUCCUCUCAAGAUUCUGUUCCAGAUAUGGAUUUUGUCGAAAGAGCCAACCAAAUGAUGGCCGAUACGAAAAAGCGCCGUGAUGCAAAGCGUAACAAGAUUGAAAAUGAACGUGCUCAGCGCAUCAAGGAAGUCAAGAAGAAGCUUGGUGUUUUGUAUGAGAAUAAGAAAAUCCAAAGAGGCAAGCUUCAAAAGGCCCAGUGGAAACAACUUCAUUCCCUGAACAAGAAACGCCAAGAGCUUGAACGUCGUAUAUUGGACAGCAUGAAAAUCAUCGAGAGUAAUACUUUGAGCAUAGCUCGAGAAUUCAACGCUGUUGUUAUUGCUCGUUUGAGUGCCAUGGAGAAACUGGCCGAUAUUCAAGACGCUGCUUGAAGAUAUGUUCGUGGUGUGUACUACGUUUCUGUGUCAGCUAUUGAUAUUGUCAUGGGAGAAGGAUGACAUCUAAGAUUCAAACAUUGCUAUUCAUUAUCGCUAUACACAUACUCACUCAUAGAACACAUACUUAUUUUAGGGCGUUGAACACACGGAAAGGGCAAUCUGGGUUGGGAGUAUGGUCGGAAGAUAC